AGGUUGUGUGUCAUUCAUCCUGAGCUCAUGAGAGGACCAGUCUGUUUCUAGUCGGGAGGGCGACCUGACCAACUCAUUAACGGUCACAGAGUUGUUUACUUAGACUCGCUCUCCACUUCUCAUUCCAGUCACUGAAGAUCUGAACAGGGCUCACUGUAUAACUUCUGGACUGACUUGAACUUCGUCGAUAUUUUCGGAUACUUCUAUAUUUGGUUAAUUUAAAACAGAGGGGAUGGGGUUGUCUUUCCUCUACGCGCUCUGUAUCUGGAUGACAUUUGUCUCCCCGGCGGUGGGAACAGGAUUUGUUUACCGCUUUCCAGGCAUCACAGUGCAGCGGCCGCGCAUCAAAUCGGAACUGAGCGGCAGCACCGGACCCCCAGGGACCGGGACCCGCACCCAACUCAGGAACUGGUGUCAGUACACUGUCUCCAAAACCGUGUCCUGCCAGGUGCACAAUGGCUCUGAAACCACAGUGCAGAGAGUGUAUCAGGGCUGCCUGUGGCCCGGACCCUGUUCCAAAGUCAUCAGCUACAGGACCCUCAUAAGACCGUCCUUCAAGGUCACCUACAAACAAGUCACAGCACUGGAGUGGAGAUGCUGUCCAGGCUUCCUGGGAGAAGAGUGUCGUGAAGAGUGUAUGAACUGUACCAGCUUCACUGACAUGACGAGCCGACUUCAUGCAGUGGAAUCCAAGAUCAGGCUGUUAGCAGAGGGACGUCCUUCACUGCCGAGAGUCAAUGGUUUACCAGAGGGCUCAACGGACAACGAGGUGGACACACCUCAACCAACUCCUAACGGACCCCCGUCACACCUGCCACCAGGAAGCAUUGGGCCUCAAGGGCCCAUUGGACCCCCAGGACUUCCUGGUUCUGCUGGACCUCAGGGUUUUGCUGGAAGACCAGGCCUUCCUGGACCCAGUGGACCAAAAGGGGACAGAGGUCUACCUGGGGGUGGAGGUCUAACCGGCCCUCCUGGUCCACCUGGUCCUCCGGGGCCAAGCACCACUCCCGUCCGAGUGAGAGGGGAUGUCUUUCAGGUCGAUGACCAAGAGGAGAACCACACACCUCCCCCUGCUCCCCGGAUCAUAGUCGGGCCACCCGGUCCAACGGGUCCCUCCGGCCCCUCAGGACCAAGAGGACCUGCAGGGUUACCGGGCAUGCCUGGACAAGACGGCAAGGAAGGCCUCCAAGGCAAGCUUGGAGAUCUGGGGCCUAAAGGAGAUCCAGGACAAAGGGGGAUUCCAGGUGUAGCAGGCGAGCAUGGUCUACCUGGAGCACCGGGGCCAAAAGGAGAGCCAGGAGCAGGCUUGAAUGAGGGAGAGGCCGUGCAGCAGCUCAGAGAGGCCCUGAAGAUCCUGGCCGAGCGGGUCUUGAUCCUGGAGCACAUGAUCGGCAUUCACGACACCUCUGAAGGAUCUGGAUUUGGAAACAUUUUGGACACGCUCUCUUUCCCCGCCAUAAAGACCAAGCGUCUUCAGCCCGUUCAAGCCGCCCCUCAAACUCCAGCGCUGGUGGGGAGACAAAGACGAUCCCCUCUUUAAGAGUCCAUUGUCUAAACCUGUACAUGUGGUCUUGUGUGUGAGAGAUAUUGCAAAUUUUGCUGGAAGUUUUGUUCAUAUAAUUUUCCCUUGUGACUUAACAUUUUGGAAUUAAUUUUUGUUUAAUUGUCUUAGUACUGUUGUGAAAAUGAAGUUCUAUGAGAUGUUGAGCAUUUCAAACACAGGAAAGGCUUCUUUGAGCCUUUUUCGUUCGGUUACUGCUGGAUCUUAUUCUACACAACCUCAGCAUCCGCACUUACACGGUGUUUUACUAUGAAAUAUAAUCUCAUAAAGUGUUAUGAGCGUUUUGGCGUCAUUCUUUCCUCUGAUAAACGCCUGCUCCCCGAGCGCUGGAUCCAAACUGUAGUACUGUUAAGUGUCGAACACAUUCUUGGAACCACCCCGGGGUUAGUCCUGCGUUAGCUUGUCAAACAUACUUCUUCCUCUUCUCCGUCCGUCUCUCUCGCUGCGCUCUGCCUUGUUAAAGCUGAGGUAAGACAUGACAAGCUGCCAAGAAGAUCUGCUUAACAUAACGUUUGGUGAAAUUAAUCGCAUCUGGAGGGCGCACAUCUGGAAAGCCGAAGGAAGGGAUGCUGAAACAGUUACGCUUUGGCCUGGAAACCUCAAACCAUGCUCAGCUGCAGCGCACCUUCCCGUGAACUGGCUGACAGAGCACUAAACCUGACAGGAUUACAUUGACUGCUUUAUAAACUGCCGCUGAGAGGUCUUUUCCAAACUGUUAAGAUUGUUGUAAAUUAAGUCUCUGGGAGGCCGAGUCUGUCGGUCUCUGAAUAAUAAAU